AUGCAAGACCUGCAAAUAGAAGACGUGCUACCAGAAACUAAUCCAAAUCUUGAAAGCCAUGACGAAGACAUAAUCAUGGAAGCAUUCGAAAGAAUUCUGGUGAUGAGUCGUCUUUUGUUACAAAGAGAUCCAAUGAUCAAAGCAUCAAUAGACAUUCGAACACUUAUUGGACAGCGCAUUGAAGACUGGAAGGAAAACAAAUUCGACAAGUUGUUGGCGGAAGCAGUGAGAUGUGGCAAAAAGAAACAAAUAAAUCAAGAUAAUUUGGACGACAUACAUGUCUCGAAAAAGUUUGUUUCAUUAAUUAUGAAAGGCAAAGUGAGAAGUGCUAUGCGGUGGCUCUCGGAGAGAGCAAGCGGGGGUGUGCUUGAUCCGAUGCAAGAGGUGAAGAAAGAUGUGACUGUUUUAGAGACUUUGAAGUCAAAGCAUUCAGAGGCACACAAGUCACAUCUCUCUUUGCGAUUGCAAGUGCCAGUUUUACCCGACUUUGAAGAUGUUAUAAUCAGUUCUGCUUCCAGUGAAAAGACGACACGUUCUUUGCAGGGCAGUUCGGGAGCUUCGGGAACAGAUUCUGAGCAUUGGCAGACGCUUUUUUUACGUCAUGGGGCUCACAUUUUACACUUGAGAGACGAAGUUGCAACUCUCGCCACAAAAAUAUUUCUCUUCAAUACUAACAGUGGUUUCGCGUCGCUUUUCGUUGGUGGCGCCGAUGAAGUGAUAUACAGUAGGGAAGGAACCACACAGGGAGACCCACUGGCAAUUUUCUUCUAUGGUGUUUCACUUCUUUACCUGAUUCGGAAGUUAAAAGAUCCGAAACAUGUUUUACAAAGUUGGUAUGCUGAUGACUCUGCGGCCAUAGCAAAACUCAAGAAAUUGGAGAUAUGGCUCAAAAACUUGAUUGAGGAAGGUCCCGUCUUCGGUUACUUUCGAGAGCCUUCCAAAAGUUUUCUGGUUGUCGAUAAACAAUAUGCUGAAGAAGCGGAUCACAUAUUUGACAAGUACUUGAUUACUAUAGUGGAAGGGAAGAGGUUUUUGGGCGGUUUCAUUGGAGACGGAAAUGAGAAGGACAUCUACCUCAAAAAGAAAGUACUUGAAUGGUUCCACAAGCUGAUUCCACCAACUAUCCAAUUGCAUUUCAAUUGUGCAAUUAACGUGCUAGAAUUGCAUUUUAAUUUUGCAGGUAAUUUCAGGUCUACUCUUCUGGGAAAUACAAUAAGCAAGUUAUACUCAGCACAUGGACACAGUGUGACAAAGUUGAGUUAUCUUGGCGAUUGGGGUGACCAAUUCAAUCUUCUGCUCACUUAUGUAAAAGAACUGCACUCAGAAACAGACGUGUUUGAAAAAAUACGUCAUCUGAACGUUCACGACUUGCUGAAGUUGUACGCGGAAGCCAAUGUUAAGCAUGAAACCAAUGCAAACUUCAGACAACAUUGUGAUCGAACUAAAUUACUGCUCGAAACUGGAGACAGUUUUUGCGUGAAUUUAUGGGCAAUGGUUUGUGAGAAAACUAUGGAAUAUUAUGCUGAUAUGAAUGAUAAGUUUGGACUCGAGUAUGAUCAAAUAACAUCUGAGUCUCAAUACAGGUCUAAAGCUUUGGACAUAACUAAUGAAUUAAAAACUCUCGUGCCGUAUGCGAAGACUGAUGAUUCUCUUGUUUUUCCUGUCGAGGGCAAAAGAAAAACUCGCGUUCCUUUUGCUCUUAAGGAUGGAAAAUGUAUAGUUUUUUCUACAUAUUUGACCCGUGAUAUUGCUGCAGCUAUUGAUAGGCUGAAACAUUCUGAAAAUGUGUCGAAGAUGCUCUACGUUGUCGAUAAAGGGCAGUUCGAGCAUUUCCGAAAAGUUAAUUUCUUCGUGAAGAAGUUGCUGCCAGACAACAAAUGCGAACUUGUUCACACACAGUUCGGACGAGUUAUUGGUAUGAGCUCAAGGAAGGGCAACGCGAUGAGCAUUGACUCCUUGGUGGAAGAUGCGAGGGAUAUGGUUGUUGAGCUGUUGAGAAUGAAGGAGACAACGAAAUCGGACCCGAGUGAGUUCGAUUAUGUAGCUGACAAGUUGGCGAUAGCAUCACUGAUUGUCAACUGUUUCUCCUAUAAGAGAAUGAGCGAUUACAAGUUCAACUGGAACGAAGUGGUUUCAAUCAAGGGGAAGUCGGGAAUAUACGUGCUUAUGUCAUGCGCUAAAAUACACACAUUAUUUAAUGGGCUUGCGAUCGAUCCCCGUACAGAGCCACUUCAGUUUGACUUCGCCUCCUUCAAUCAUGAGAGUGAGGAAAUAAAAACAUAUGUUACAGACCUUAUGAUUCUUUUGAGCAAUUACGAGAGUGUUUUGUAUGAGUGCUACGAAGAGUUGGAUCCUUUCAAGUUGAGAGAGUUCAUUUAUCAGUUGUGCAAAGCGCUAACUAGAUUGUACAAUAAUGCGCCGUGUGUUUCGGAGCCGUGUGAAAAGAAACAAACCAAUCGCUUGGCGGUAUUUCAGUCUGGUGUGAUCGUUUUGGAACACAGUCUUGGUCUUAUUGGAGUCACACCUCUGAGAAGAAUUUAAUGGCUGUAUCAAAUCAAUCUAAAUUGUAUAAACGUGUGGACUUGCGUUUGCUGAUCUGUUCAAGAAUGAUAUUACCACAGUAUAAUCAAAUGUGUUUUUUUGAGAAUCUUAAGUGAGCGUUCUACUAAGGUAAGCGUUUAUGAAUGAAGAAAUUGAUGAUUAUUAGGCGCAUGCAGUCAGUGUUCUACAGUAUGGUUUACUUUUCAUGACAAGUGAUCGGAUUAGGUAUAAGUUGAAAGUAAUCAGUUAAUAUACUUGACACAUUAACCUAAUUUGGAUUCACCGUUAUUACACUAUUUGAAAAGCAGCGACACGAAUGAAGCAAUCUUCGAAAUAAAAAAACUCAAUGGAUGUUAGUUUUGCGAAAAGAAAAUCAUAAAACCUAGAUGAUGUUCUGAAGCGGAGUGACCUAUUCAUAUUAUUUACACAAAUGUAAUUUAAGAUUUCAGUCAAUCACAACAUGAUUUGCUUGCAUUGGUAUAAUUUAUUCUGUGUAGUAUGAAGUCUUUCGCUCUUCAGUCUGUAACUUCGAAAAGUGUCCUAUUUUAUCGUGAAAGACUGUAAGCUUGCAAUAAUUCUUCCUAUGGUUGAGAAGUAAACGCGACGAGUGCAUC